AUGAUGGACGAAAGCUCGGCCCGAUUUCACCUGAAACGAAUGUCUCGUGGACUGCGUCAACCUGAACGUCGUAUAAAAGCUAAACGACUGCAGUACAACGGGACUCAGCCGCCCUUUUCUGGUGAGAUCGACCUACGAAUCUCUUAUUCAUGUACUUUCAUCUUCUUUUUGGUGGGAGUACCGAUGAAGCAAACAUAUGGUGUUGAUAAGACCAAUUCGAGGUCGAAACUGCAGUCCACUGUCGCGGUUCGAAUCCCGCUGAGGGUGUUAACUGCAGUCCACCUCGGCCGUCGCGGUUCGAAUCCCGCUGAGGGUGUUGAUAAGACCAAUGCGAGGUCGAAACUGCAGACCACUGGUGCCUAG